AUGGCCAUUGCCAACCCCUCCAUCACACCCAUUGCCAUCAAGAUGGCACCCUCGACGCUUGACCUCUUCGUCCUCACCUUCAACUGCGCCAAGCGACUCAUCAAUGCCGCCGUCUUUGCUUCGCAUCUGCAGGCUGCCUUUAAGCAGAAUGCGACAGCUCUGCCAGAGGUAGUUGUUUUCUCCCUGCAAGAAGUCUCCCCUCUUGCCAGUGCUUUCAUCGGCGGCUCCUUCAUCAGCCCUUACCUUCUCGCCUUCGAAGAGGCCCUCAACCUAGCCGCCGCCGCCGCACAAGACGCGAACACAAAUGGCCGCGACGAGACAGUGACCGUCGCACCGACGGCGAGUGCCGGUCCUGUACGGCCGUAUACCCUCGUUCGGGCACGCAACGUCGGCAUGACGGCCAUCAUGCUCUUCGCACGCGACCCGGCAGCGCUGCGAGACAUCCAGGAGGCUGAGGUCGGGUUCGGAGCCAACAAUAUGGGCAACAAGGGCGCCGUCGCACUGCGGGCGACGUUUGGACGAACGAAAAUUGGGGGGUCCAUCAUGGAGGGACUCGCGUUUGAGGAUCCAAAGGCUGUGGUGCGGGAAUCCCCAGCACUGACGGCGGCCGCAGGCGAGGAAGCUGCUGCAGACAACGAGCGCUCGAGGUUGCUGGCCGCCGAAGAAGACGACGCGCAGAGCAAGGCGCAGCAGGCGCGCUUACAGGACCUGUCUGUCUUCAGGCCGAGCGCGCACCUGUUUGUCGCGGGAGACCUGAACUACCGCAUCUCGGCGGAAAGCCCGCCGCCCAAGGCGCCGUUCCCGAGCCUCGACGACGCGAGCGAGCACCACUACCCGCGCUUCUUCGAGACGGAUCAGCUGACGGCCGAGCGCGAGGCCGGCAGAACGUUGCACGGCAUGAGCGAGGCCGAGGUGCGUUCCCCGCCCACGUACAAGUACCACGUGCUCGACGGCGAGAACGACAAGGGGUGGGGGGCAAACGAAGGGCGUCGCCUCGGCGGCGCGCAUCGACGUGAGAGGCCUACGACGCGCUGCCCCUUGCUGCGCACCUCGGACCACAGGCCCGUGUUCCUGCGUGUCGACGUGCCGAUGCUGUCGCCGACCCAGAUGAGAGAGGCCUUGGCUGCGGCCGUCGCUUCGGCUGGGGGCACGGACGAUCCGAGGGCGAAGCCGCCCGUCGACGUCGACGUCGACACGUGGGCCGCACGCGCGGCGGCGCGGCGGAGUGAGAAGUGGGCUGGUUCGACCAUGUAUUUGUGGACGACGAGGGCCGGGGCAUAUGCCAUCGCCGGUCUGCUCGGUCUCGGCAUCGCGGGGUAUCUAUGGGUUGGACGCUCGCAGACGUCUUCUGCUGCUUGA